UCUGGGCUUUUAUAACACCUAAAACAUGGGAUAAAACUUGGUUCCACUGCUUUGUUCAAUCAAAAUCACUGCAGGAAACAUAAGUCAACCACAAGUCCUCAUCUUCUCUUGCAACACCCCACUUUUAUUUGACUUUUUUUUCUCUUGUUCAUGUCUCAAGGAGGAUCCAAUCCAGAUGGUAACACUCAGGCCAACAGGUUUAUCAAUGAAUUCCUAGUGUUCACGAAUCAGAUCGACUUAUUAAUAGCAAAAUACGAGAAGCUGGUUGACACUGAAGCAACUCAGCUAGAUGAGAUCAAUAGUUUGAAAGUCAUGGUUGCAGACAAAGAUGAAAAAAUUCGCAUACACGAACAACUGUGCCGUGAGCUUCAGAAAGAGGCAAACGAAUUGAGGGCGAAUCUGGAGAAAACCAAUAAGGAACAUGAUGUGAAGGUAUUUGAGCUCGAGAAAAAGCUCAAGGCCAAAGAAAAGGAAGUAGGCACAAUGAUCAAUAAGGUUGAGGAGAUGGCUAACUUGAUGACUUGGGAAAAGCUAAGAAGCUUGAACUUAGGCUCGGGUCCGCAGUUGGAUGACAGCCCAAAUACUCGUAGAUCAAAGUAAACUGUGAAAUUGAUGUUACACAUA